CUCUUUGCAUCUUUUUUUUUUGCUUUUUGAAGAAUGAAAUCAAUCGACUCUUCCAAAAUUUGCAGAAACGGGAAAUCUAUUUUACACUCUCAGAUUAGGUUUCCUUAUCUCGAUCGCCUGAAUCCGAUCCGACUGGGUUGUGUUUCUCGCUCUCGUCGCUUGUCUAUUGCUAAUGAUUUCUAAGUUUCCUGGCGAUCUUGUUUUUAGGGUUUUCAAUUUUCCUAAUUGUUCAAAGCAUCGCAAUCAUGUGGUGGACGAUUGAUUAUGAUGACAGAGACGGUUUAGCAGAAAAGGAACAAGUUGGAGGCCGAGCAGUCCGAGUUAGGAGAGCAAAUAUGAGCGUAUCUCAAAUGGAAUGAUGCCAAAGCAAGCUUCGCAUAAAGAACUAAUUGCGUGACUUUGGUUAGUCUUACACUUAUUCCGGCUGUGCUCUGAAGCUUGACUCCGCGUGAAACCUCUUUAAGGAAGGUGUUCAAAUUGUUAGAGAUUAUGAGAAGAUUUCAAGUGGAGCAGACUUCUAUGACAGUAAACAGUUUUGAAGAAAUCGGAAAUCAAGUAAAGGUUUAUGAGAUAAAGGCGAGCGAACAAAUGUUUGUCAAAAGUCCACAGUACCGUAGGUUCGGAGAUUCCUGUGGCAACCGAAGAUCACAGCAGCCUCGAUCAAUUUUGGCGCCCUUUUGGUAUUGAAUAUCACGUGACACUCACGUGCACAAGCCUAACCGACUGUCGCUGAUUAAAUCCUUUGCAUUCUUCUCCACCCCAUUUUCUCUGUUUCGUUUUCUUUUGCCUUUUUUUCUCGAGAAAUAUCCAGAGCGAGAGAGAAAGUCAUUCUUUGUUAUCCCGGAUAUCAUGGAGAUGGAGUCGUCAUCAAAGGUUCAAGAAGAAACUGACCAGAAAAUUGAUCCAGAUCGCUCAGUAAAGCAUGACGACGCUCAUGAUGAGCCGAUGAAAACAGAGGAGAAACAAAACGCCACUCGCGCUUCAGCUCUUGAUACCAUACUCAAGUCUCUCUGGAAAAUCUGCGUUUUCAGAAAAGAGUUGCUGUCCAGCUUCACUGAAGAUGAAUUCGUUUUUGAACUCCGUCAUUUCAUUCUCAGCAAUCUAUCUCUCACGGAACCAAACGGUGUUUAUGACUUGUUGGUCACCAUCUUGGAGCUUCUUCCUCGCUGGGAAACUGGAUAUGAACCUCUUCAAUCCAAGUUUGAAGUUUACGAAACGCUCAAAAAGAUGUGCAACAGAUGCAAAGUGGAUACCGAAUAUCCACUCCAACUUGCUUAUGGUCCAAUCGUGAUUGCUAAUUCAGUCAGAGAAUUCAAGUCUGCAUUUGAGGAUUUGACAUUUGAGAACGUCCUUAAGGUUAUCAGAACCACCUUGAUGAUGCCUUGUGACAAGGAAGGAUGUGGGAAACGAAACUAUGUUGAACGUGUGAUCAAUACCCCCCUUCCAUCUGUUUUCACAAUUGCACUUGAGUGGGAGAACAACGAGACUGAAGAAGAGAUCUCUGCUACAACUUCUGUUCUGGCUACUGAAAUUGAUAUCAGUGAGAUAUGCAAAUACGAAGGUGACAGUGUAUUCACUAAGUACCGUCUUGUGUCCAUGGUUUGCUUGUGCGGAGAUCAAUACAAUUGCAUAUCUUAUGAAAACGGUAGAUGGAUCAGAUACUUUGCUUCCAAGAAAGAGGCUAUUGGAGACUGGAACAGUGUUCUCACCAGUUUUGUAAAACUGAAGAUUCGACCAGAGAUUCUGUUUUUCGAAAAUGUGAAGGGCCAGAUUAUGGGGACGGACGAGAUUGGGUUCGGCAGCUUGGGGAAAAUGUUCUAAAGACCAAUCACAAGCUUUUUCAGUGAUGUAGGAAAGGGAUUCCAUGUAAAUGCAAAACUUUAGAAUCAAUGUUUGGGUCUUUAAGCCAAAAGCUUUACAAGGUUUUAGUAGAAUAAUGCUUUGGAUUUUGAAGCACUGUGAACAUAUUUGUCUCACUUUUUCCAUUUUCUUAAGCUCAAUGUUAACACUUGAUUG